AUGGGGAGUAGAUCCGAGAAUGUAGGAACAGUGGAUAGAGGAAGCUCCAGAGUUGAGCAAGAUGAUGUUCUUAUGGAUGAUGACUCUGAUUCAUCUGAAUACGUAGAUAUGUGGAUCGAUUUGUUUCUUGGCAGAAAAGGACAUGAGUAUUUCUGUGACGUUGAUCCGGAAUAUAUCACUGAUCGUUUCAAUCUGAUGAAUUUGCAGAAGACCGUCUCCAAAUUUUCCUAUGUGGUACAGUAUAUUGUGGAUGAUUUGGAUGAUAGUAUUUUAGAGAACAUGACUCACGCCCGUUUAGAACAGCUAGAAUCGGAUUCCCGCAAGUUAUAUGGUCUCAUCCAUGCACGGUACAUUAUAACUAUCAAAGGUUUGCAGAAAAUGUAUGCCAAAUAUAAAGAGGCAGAUUUUGGGAGGUGUCCUCGUGUGUAUUGUAAUUUACAGCCGUUGUUGCCCGUUGGAUUGCAUGACAUUCCUGGUAUUGAUUGCGUUAAGUUAUACUGCCCAUCCUGUGAAGAUCUUUAUAUACCAAAAUCAUCGAGACAUAGCUCCAUCGAUGGUGCCUAUUUCGGUACAAGUUUUCCAGGCAUGUUUUUACAGGCUUUUCCAGACAUGGUGCCCAAACAUCCAACAAAAAGAUAUGUUCCAAAGAUUUUUGGGUUCGAACUACAUAAACAAGCUCAACUAACAAGGUGGCAGGAGUUACAGCGACUCAAGUUGGUUAAAAAGCUUGAAUCAAAACAGAUGGAUUUGGCGAAGAGUGGCGGUUUUAAAACCUAA